AUGUCUAUGGGGGCUACGAUACGGAGGGACGAGGAGACGGGAGAGAUCUUUAUCGCCAGGGUGAUCCACGGAGGACUGGCCGACCGCAGCGGACUCCUCCAUCCCGGUGAUCUGCUGGUGGAGGUGAACGGGAACCCUGUGGUGGGUCUGGAACCAGAACAGCUGAUCCAGAUACUGAUUAAUUCCCAGGGAACCAUCCUGUUUAAAGUGAUUCCUGAUGCAGGUCAGAGCAGCGGCAGCCAGACAUCGGUGUUCAUGAAGGCGAUGGUGGACUACUGCCCACUGCAGGACUCUUCCAUCCCGUGUCCCGAUGCAGGCAUGGCGUUCAGCAGAGGAGACGUGCUGGAGGUUGUCGACCAAUCGGACGGACACUGGUGGCAGGCCAGGAAACUGCCCUGCUCUGCAGCCUGCGCCGGGCUCAUUCCCUCUGCCAGCAUGCUGAAAAGUAAACUGAAGGAACAUUGGUGGUGUCAGCCAUUACAGGGUCAUACCUGCAUCAGACCCUAUUCUGUUCCAGAGGACGAUCGAACACACGCUGAAGACAAACACACAGUCGCAGAGCUGGAAGAAAUACACUUUGAUGAAGCCGACUCUGAUAUUACUGAUGGAAUCUACCUGGGUAAGACACACUCAAUUAGUUUGUUUAAUAUUGAAAAGAAAUGUCAAAACUGACUUGAAGUAUUUAACCAAAGUGCUUUUGCUGGAUUAACCUGACUUAUUACUCCAUGAAUCCAUAACUAUCAUGUACACAGUAUACCACAGAUGGUAAACAACAAUGGGCCAGACUCUGUGCAGUAAUUGUACAUUAGUACAAUUUUAUAAUCAGUGCUGGAAGAAGUAUUCAGAUCCUUUACUUCAGUAAAAGUACUAA